AUGUACGAUACGUUCGAUGAUCAGUAUGCAGCCACGAUAGGGAUAGAUUUUUUAUCAAAAACAAUGUAUUUAGAAGAUAACAAGACGAUAAGGCUUCAAUUAUGGGAUACGGCUGGUCAAGAAAGAUUCAGGUCGUUGAUUCCAUCCUAUAUAAGAGAUUCGCAUGUUGCAGUAAUAUGUUACGACAUAACAAAUAAAAAAAGUUUCAUAAAUCUAGAAAAGUGGGUGAAUGAUGUGAAAUUAGAACGUGGGGAUGAUGUUAUUAUUGUAAUUGUGGGUAAUAAAUCGGACCUCAGUAAUAAGAGACAGGUAUCAGUCGAAGAAUGCGAAGCACUCUCAAAAAAGAUUGGAGCAAAAUUUUUCAUUGAGACAUCUACGAAGGCAAACUACAAUGUGAAGUUGUUGUUUAAGAAGAUCGCACAAGCAUUGCCCGAGGCAAGCUCCCCAGAGAGUCAUGAGCUCAACGUCCAAGAUAGGUCGACACCUGACACUAUUGAUAUCUCUGUUGAUAAUAACGCUAACACGAGUACGAACUCGUGUUGCUAA